AUGGCAAUGGAUUCUUUGGAAGUAGACCAACAAAGGCUGGUCAUUCAGCGCAACAAUGAUGCAGUCAUCAUGAUACAGAGAGGCGAGUUCAACAAGGCAACACAGCAGCUGUUGGAAGCACUUCGGGAUUUCCGAUCCAGCAAGACUCAACAAAUAGGUCGACUAGAAGAACCUGGCGAUGAUGAUUGCAAUGAAGGCUCAUCCUCGUUUGAAAGUCUUUCUUUGGAUCAUUGGAUGGUAUCUUCCACAGAAGCUUUGCACACACGUCUUUCGGAAGCUGCUACUCGCUCGUUUUUCGUGUAUCCCAAGGGUAUCCUGAUUCCCAUAAACUUCUUUCAAGACAAUGCGAAUCGCUUCUGCCAUGUUGAUAUUACUGCUGCUAUAUCAAGUGCUAUAUGCUUCAAUCAAGGUCUUUCCUGUCAGCUAGCUCAUAUCCGAGCACCAAUGGAGUCGAAAGAUGCCAAAUGGCUUCGAAGGGCAAGUGAACUCUACAGAAUAUCGAUUCAAGCCACGCGCCAUAGGCAGCAGCGCAUGUCAUCUUUGGACAACAAGAAGAGUGCCACAAAUGUCAACUUCUUGAUAGCGGCCAUGAACAAUCUGGCAGUUUCAGAACGGAUAUAUGAUAUAGCAACUACCACGGCAAAGGGUUCUUCUUCUCCACAACCUGAAGUGAACUACCAUUACUUUGAAACCUUGAAGGGUCUUCUCCUGAACUGGAGACCAAGUACAAUGAAUUCACCAGACGAAGUCCUUUGGAUCUCAUAUCUUGAGAACGUCCUUCGAGGUAGUGACAUGGAACAAUCCAAUUACAGCGUAAUUCCCAUAUGA